AGUGUUUGUUGUACGCUAGUCUCAAAUUUACGCUACAGUGAAUUUAAUUUUUCAAAAUUAGGCCUCUGUAAGCACUUUUAUGAUAAUUUUUUUUCUCCUCUAGAGGUUAUGGGAGCCCAAUAAGUACAGAACAACAUAAACAAAGGCUUUUAAAAACUAAUGAUGCAUCUCUUCCCCUUUUCUUCUUUUUGUUUUGAGCCUUCAAUCCAUUCACUGAUUCAAUGUUUCACUCCUUCAUAUUUUCUUGAGAAGUACUGUCUUGUGUGUUUUGUUGGUGUGGCUUUGUUCAUCACAACAUACAUUAGAAAAUUUCUCCCGCACCAAAUAGCUGACUUGAGUAUUUUAUGGCUAGUUAUAUAAGCUAGGAAAAAUAUGGGACUGUUAAAUAGGAGUUAGAUGUUUUUAUGACUUGAUUUUACCUUCCCUGUUGCAUGAGGCCCUUGAGUAAAGCUUCCAGCUCAGCUGGCCCCUCCAGCAGGAAGCAAAAGGGGAAGUCGACACAAUGGGAUGAAAUGAACAUUAUUGCAACAUUGCACCCUUCAGACAAGGACUAUGGCCAUAUGAAAAUAGAGGAGCCAAAGACGCCCUACAAUUGGGAGGAUGGAGAAGGAGAGCCACCCGAUGAGUUGGAUGCAAGUGACCUGGCUGAAAAGAUACGAAAAAGUGGUGAAAAACCUUUGAAAGUUUUGGAGUCUGAGAGUGAGUCAGAGGAAGAUGAAUCAGAAACUCCAGAGGAAAGAGCAAAACGAAAAUUAUUUGAAAGUAAGAGGAAAGCUCAUUAUAAUGAAUACCAUGCAAUAAAGCUGGCAAGAAAACUCAUAGAAGCUGGAGAAGAAGAAGAGGAAGAGGAAGAAGGCACUUCUGCGGAGAAGAAGGAUGACGAUAGUCCUCAAGCAGGAAGCAGUCACUAGAAUUGUACUGAAUAGUUUGAUAUUUCUUUGUACAAACACACUUUACCGCCUUUGUUUGAGAAUAUAUAAGAUAAAUGGGAACAUAAAUUAUGUAGAUUGGUGUACUAAAUGUGCAAAUUUUAUUUCAUCUUGAUUGGUGUUGAAUCAUGCUUCUUAAAUUUUAUUUUCAUGUUAUGUGAAGGUUCACAUAAGUCUAGUGUGUAGAGAAUCUUUGCCCCUCGGCUGUUCUUGUUAAUAUUGUGGAGCCAUUUUCAUUUUGAUGUGUGACACUUAAUCAAAGAACUUGCUCUUCACAAAACUUCCUGAAACUAAAUACCGUACAAUUUUGUUUUAUUUAUGCGUUAAUUUUGUUUUUUCUUUGUGUGUGACUGUUUUGUUUUUCUCUUUUUGAAUUGAGAUUUGAUUGUAAAGCAGGUGUGGAAGAGGUCUUUAACCUGUAUUUAAUUUGUAUAUGUUUUGUCCUAAUGACUCUAGGAAUUGUUCUGAAUUUACAUAUUGGGGAGGCAUAUCUUUGUAAGUCGCAAUCAUCAAAUUUUCCAUCAUGUCAUGUAGUUUACAUGGAACCCAAUAGAAUAUUUGUUAUAGACUACAAUCAAUUUCAAUUUUCGUUUGAUCAUCUUGCAGUGUGUCUACAUUACAAUGCUAAUCAGAAAAACUAGUGCGACCUCUCUACUUCACACUAAUUUGCAGGGACAAAGAAUGUGUCAUGCAAAGUGCAAGUCUAAUUUUUGCUGUCUUCCUUAUCUGCUCUCAUAGUCAUACACUCAUCUUUGCUAUGUGUGCAUUCGUUGUACUGCCAAAUUAGUGCCCUGAAAGAAAACCUUAAACUAAUAGAGUUCAUAGAUGUUUUGGAAUUUAGAAAGGUAGAAUAAGUACUGGCUGAAUAUGCUUUUACUUGGUUAGUCUAUUUCUCUUAUGGAAGAAAGUCCAUCAGUGUUCUGAUGAAAGCUGAAUCUAAAGGGUUAAAAAUCUCUAUCACAGUAUUUCAACUAGCACAACACACCAUUGCUGUCAGUGCCAAACUUGACAUUCCCUAGUGUUGGCAAAGCCUAGUUUCUCAUCUAAGUUCAAACUUCAAGUUUGAAGUGUAUUUGUCUCCUAGGAAAAUUUGUCUUCUUGUGAAUUCAAAUUUUUGGCUUUGUCUUUUAUUCUUACAGAAAUUUUUGAUAGUUUUGUGCCUCCCUUCAAUGUCAUUGUGAUUAGUUUUCCUUUCCAAUUUGUAAGGCUUUGUUAUAACUUAUUUGAUUCUAUAAAAUUUUACCAUUAGCACUUUUUAGUCAAUGGUUUCAAAAUGUUCCUGGUUUAUUAGACUACGAUAAUUUUGUGUAGGAAUUUCCUAUUGAAGUUAUUUAUGAUUGUGACAUGUCUAUGAAGUCAUUCUCAAUUUAGUGGGUGUAGCACCAAAUCUUGCUAGUUCUUAGGUGGUAUAUCUAAGGCAUAUUUCAAAUUAACAUUUUAACUGGUAUGCGCCACGCAAACAAAUGCAUGUUUUCAGUUUCUAUUAUCUCACUAGCAGGCUAUAACUUACUGAAUGAACUAUUGCCCUAUUGCAAUGUGCCAUUUUUUGUUUCGGUCAACUACAUUUGAUCCUCUGUGGGAGGACUAGUGUGGCUAAUCUUGAUCUGGAACAGCUUCCAAAACUGUGGAAUUACUUUCUUCCUGAAUUUUCAGUAUUGUGAAGGCUUUAGUAUGAUUAUAAACCUGACUUUGAUAAUACUCUGUUAAUUCAUGUGUUCAAAUGGAGGAUCUAAUGGAGUAGAAGAACAAGAUUUGUAACAUGUCUCUUGUUUAAAGCACAAAGAAAGUGCCUGUAUGUUAUGUUUAAAUUUUACCCUUGAAAAGCUGAGGGUGGUGUUUGGGAGUCAACCAUGUUGAAAGGUAUUUGUGAUAACUUUGAAAGUAGCUGCUUAAUUAAGGCGAGCAUGUAUGUACUGCAAUAUAAACAUGCUGAGGCUAAAAUUAUUCCCCAUGUUCGGGCUGGCCUAAUAAAUGAGAUUACAAGGA